CAUCCACAUGUUACCAUUCCUUUAUCAGAGCAAAUAGGAUGUGCCGUGAUAUCAUCCCAAUAAUAAUGAGAAAUAUUUUCCCACGUAGCAAAAAUGACAUAUGGCUAGAAAAGGGGCGCAAAGCACUCGAAAUCCCGAUUUGCUUAAAUGGAAAAUGCUUCAGUCAACAUCGAUCCCGAUAAUACUAAUUGGACUAUAAAAAUCCCCUCUUUGUCUUCUCAACCAUCAGUUAGGUAAAAUUUCCGUUGGUUUCAGAUACCUUACAAAAAAAUGUACCGAAUGAAUUGGAUAUUUCUAUAUAGAUGAAAUGCGAUGUAGUUUGAGAAUUAAAGAACUAUGGAUAAACAUGGAAAUGUUGCACGUAGAGAAUAUAAAGUUAAAAGUUAUAAGAAAAAAUUGCGGAGGUGUAAGGCAAAUGCAAGAGAGAGGAAUAGAAUGCAUGGAUUGAAUGCUGCUUUGGAUAUCUUGAGAAGUUGUAUGCCCAUCCAACAAAUCUACAUAGAUAUGAACGCAAGUCCUCAAAAAUUAUCUAAAAUAGAAACUCUUCGUUUGGCUGCUAAUUAUAUUGGUGUUUUAAGUGAAAUUCUAGAAGGAAAUCAGCCCAUGGAAUCUGAAAGAUAUAUAAAAAUGUUGUCGAAGAAUCUAAGCCAAUCUACCUCAAAUCUAAUAGCAAGUUCUGUAAUAAGAAAUUCAACAAAUAAUUACUGGGAAGAAAGGAGUAAAAUGUGCUGUGCGAAUUCUGAUACUUUAGCUUCUUAUAAUAAAAUAACUAACUCUUGGAUUCCAACUUAUAAUUCUUAUAGUAACAAUUGCUGGCAAAAUUAUAGAUUACGUUCCGACCCCUUCUGGUUUUCCUCAGGUGAAGAUAGUGAUAGUUACAAGUGUUGGAACAGUGAAAUCGAUAUUUUCACCGAUAAUUUCUACUACUCUAGAUACAACCACUGAUUGAAAUGUUUUCUUGAAAACAAAGUCAAACUAAGUGAUAAGUAUAAUAGGGCGAAAUAUAAGGAUGACAUUGAA